AAACGUGCGAGGCGAACACUCUCUCUGAUGCUCCGGUGAUUAUUCUCCCGCCGAAAAUCUCCAAAACGUCGCCGUUCGUCUCCUCUCCCUCCCUCCCUGUUUCUCGGCUUAAUCAUCUCCAGAUUGCAUAUUUGAUUGGAAUUCGAAACUCGAGUGAAGGAAGAUGUUGAAGCAGGUGCUUGGGAAGGUGUGGAACAAAGGAGGGGCUUAUGCCUGUGGAGACAGAAUCAGGCCUUGCUUGUAUGUCCCAAACAGUGGUUUCCACAAUGCACAGGUCCAUCGUGCACCGAGAAGUUUUUUUGGAGUAGAGGAUUUUGUUGAUGAUGACAAUAGUCGGCCAUACACUUAUCAGAAGGAAAAGAAGUCCAAAAAUCCACAGAAGCAUGUAUCGUUCAAGCAGCGCACUAUAGCCUACUUAGAGCCAUUUACACUUGAUGUGUUCAUCUCAAAACGGUUUGUGUCAGCCUCAAUCACGCACAGGGUAACAUGCAAGCAGGUUGCAGUUGCCGGUACCAACUCCAAAGACAUAAAAGCUGCACUCAAGUCCCGUUGCGAUAUACCUGCCUGUAUAGCCAUUGGCCAAAUUUUAGCCGAUAGGGCAAGAGAAGCAGAUGCCUAUACUGCUUCAUAUACACCAAGGGACAGAGACAAGUUUGAAGGGAAGAUUAGAGCAGUUGUUCAAUCCCUCAUUGAUAGUGGGAUUGAUGUUAAAAUUUAUCUCAACUGAAUUAAUUUUAUUUCUUUGUUUUGGAUUAGGUCUUUUCUCGACCCUUUGGGUGGUUUUGUAUGUACGUUACUCUUAUAUGAGCUUUAAGGGCAUCACUGCCAAUAUUUCCAGAACUCCAGUCAGCAAGUAUAGGUUGGUAACUUUUGCCUUAUAAUGAAAUUUUGUACUGUU